AUGAAUUCGAUCUUAGGUGUGCUACUAAGAUCUUUGAACCACAUCUUAGGAAAUUUAAUUAUUUACCCCCUGAAUUUUUGGAUCAUAUUAACAGAAUUAAAAAAUCCCAUAUUAAAAUACAUUUCAUAUUACUUUGUACAAUAUUAUAUAUAUGGAUAUAAUUAUUAUAAAGAUAGUCUACAGCAUCAUAGAAACGGAGCUUGCAGUUAUCUCAAUCAUUGGUUAGAAGAAAAAAAAGAUUUAUUCACGUAUGGUGGGAAGUGUACUGAAAACCUAAGGUUGUGGGAAAGAAAUAUUGAAUCUCUGUGGGAAAUGUUAGAUGUUCAAGAAUACCAUAUUAUUAAAGAUAAGUUUGAAGUUAAGUCAUGGUGCAAACAAAUUCCUCGCUUGUCCAAAUUAACAAAUUUUCCUAAGGAAGUGAACUUUUCUAAUUGUGAAGAAAGAAUUUCUGGAGAACUCUAUAGAGUAGUUCCCCAUGAUGAAACAAUUACAACUGAAUGCAAAUGUUCUGAAUAUGAAUUACCAAAGACAUCCCAGAUU